UUGUUAAAAAUUUCAGGGAAAAUGUUAAAUUGUUCAUCUACGAUUGGUAAAUGCUUACCAAGAAUUUCUGCACGCGCCCUUGCAACAACCCCAAAUGCUCAAGGAUCAAUUAAAAACUUGGAGUUUUCUCCAGAAGAAAAGAAAGCUAGUUUUAUUAACAUCUAUUCAAGAUUAAACUCGUGGAAAACACGUGAAUUACUGAUAGACGAGCUAGUGAAGGGUAUAGUAUAUAUUGGGGAAGAUUUAAUCGCGGUGAAUAAACCCUACGGACUAGCGAACCAUGCAACAAAAGAUUCUCCUUAUUCUGUUGAGGAUUGUUUAAAACAACUGUCGGACAGAUUAGAAGUAGAAUCCCUCCACCUGUUGAGUACCGUUGACAGAUACUGUAGCGGUAUCACCCUGCUCUCUCCUACAAUGAAGACUAUGGAUAAAAUGAAGAUUAUCCGAACCCGAAUUAGAACUGCUCGACACCUUAACUCCGGGUUCCUGGGAGUUGUGACAGGACAUGCAAAUCUAGAUCUUCAGGAUACCUUUACAAUUCGGCUUCAAGAAUAUCCUAGUGUAGAGAACCCUCUCUUCUCAAAAGUACACAAAGAACCGGUAAUUUCAAGUGGACCGUCUACCCGAGGAAAGCGGUCUAAGAAAGAUGAAAGGAUUCGUCAUUUAUCCGUUAAAUGUCUCAACAGAUCCAACAUGGUUCCGUUAACUCUCAUCAAUAUCUGUCCUUCUUCCACUAAAAAUCAUCUUAUUCGAGUCUGGUUAGCGGAAAGAGGACAUCCAUUACUAGGAGAUGGGCUUUAUGAUUACAGAUCAAGAAGUGUCCUGGGACAAAAGGCUAAAAAAGGUCCUGAGCUCACACAGGCGAAUAGAACACAGAUAUUACCUAGAUCAGUUAUGGAACUUUUAGGAAUGGGUAAAACUGAUGUCUGGCGGAUUCCAACACUUAUUCAUCAUUGGCGGAUUUUUCUGCCUGGUUGGCUGGAGAAGGGAAAAGAUUUAACCAUCAUCGCUCCUCCACCUCCUCAUUUUACAAAGACCCUGAAGGCUGCCAAUAUCAAGUUCCAAUUUGAUGAGCUGGUAAAAGAAGACAUAAUCGACCAAUACACUGCACAGCCGAAUAAGAAAACACCAAAACAAGCAGUUGUUAUUAACCAAUCUUAAAUUUUGAGAAACCAUGAUAACUUGCAUGAAUUUACAUGAAAAUACAUUCUGAACUAUCGAUGUAUACCUCGCUGUUCAAUUUUGUUUAG